AUGGCUCCUCACGCACGCAGACACCGAGUGGAAGGUGCGAGUGCGGGUGGCGGGAUGAAGGCGCUACCUGGCCCUGGUCCUGGUAUGGAGAAGGGGAGCGGGAAAGGCAAGGGACGCGCGGGGGAUGAGUUCGGGUACAGCUCGUACGGCGGUGGCGGAUAUGGAUAUGGUGGGUAUGGUGGGUAUGGAUAUGGGUACGACGACGACCCUACGCUCCCGCGCCCGCCUAGUCCUAUCACGUUCGCGCCUGACGAGAGGGAGAGGCCUGUGUCGCCUAUUUUGUUCGCGGCGCCGUUUGACCAUUCGUAUGCGGGUGGGAGUGGGAGUGGGAGUGGGACGGUUAGGAGGAAGAGGAGUGCGGGUGUUGGGUCGGGUGCGGGCGAGGAGGGUGGAGGGGUUGGAGGUGGAGAGGGCGAGGAUGAGGGGGUAGGAGCAGGAGCGGGAGGAGAAGAGGGAGGAGGAGCGGGAGUGGGAGGAGCGGGAGAGGAGGAGAGAGAGGGUCGGGAUAGGGAUAGGGACGAUGGGUAUGAUGAAGACGACGAGUGGGAUGAUGCAGAGGAGGACUGGGAUUUGGAUGUUGACGUCGGCGGGGAGGGCGCGAGCGCGAGCGCCAGUGCGAAUGCGAAUGCGAAAGAGGCGGACGCGGACGCGGACGCGCCGCCGCCCGGUGGGAGAAUUGGGCCUGCGCCGAUGCCGGUGCCGGUGCCGGUACGCGCGCCGCUCGCGGGGGCAGGGGCGCAGCAGAAUGGAAAUGGGAAUGGGAAGAAGAAGAAGAAGAAGGGAAGGUUUAAUCCGCUUGCGCUUGCCAAGAUCGGCGGCGGCGGCGGAGGAGGAGGAGGGAGUGCUGCUGAUGUUGUACCGUACAACCCAUCCGCCGCGAGCGCAGCGUCGACAUCCACAGCUCUCGUCCGACACACCUCCCAUGCGCACCCACUCACACAGCAGCACACCACCCACGCGCACGCGCACGCACCAACCCAACCCCCCCUCCCCUCCCCACCGCAAAUCGACACCUCCCCCUACGUCCUCAUCCGCUUUUCAACAGGCCAGAUAUUAGAAGACGAUUUCGUGCUUUCGUGGUAUGGGAUCAGGUCGGAUGAGUUGGUUGAGCUGCAUGCGGCGCGGAAGCCUGUGUCGUUUGCGAUGGGUGUUGUGUUGCCGCGGUUGUUGGUUGAUCCGGGGUAUGUCUCUGGUGCGUCGGGUGCGUCUGCGGGCGCUGGAGGAGGAGGAGGAGGAGGAGGAGGAGGCGGUCUGGGCGAGGGAGGUGGUGAUAAACCAGGUGGUGGUGAGACAGAAGGCGACGGCGAGAACCCAGAUGCAGCCGCAGGAGGAGGAGGAGGAGGUGGUGGUGGUGCAGGUGCAGGUGCGGUCCCAGCACCGCCAACCACAAUCCCCGCCGCAUACCUCUCGCGCGACCCCUGCCUCACCCCGCUCCCGCGGCACACCCUCGCGGCGUACGCAGCGCCCUUCUGGGAGGGGUGGGUGCGCGCGCUGCGCGUCGUGUGGCAGGCGGAGGUGCCUGCUUCGUCGGCGGGUGCGUUGGUCGUUGCUAGUGGUGGUGGUGGAGGCGCUGGGGGUACCGGUGGGCUGGGUGGUGGUGGUGGUGGGGGAGGGGGAGGGGGAGGAGGGUUGAUUGGGCCUAGUGGGAUGCCGAAUGUGCAAGGAGGGGGUAUGGCGGGGGGUAUGGCGGUGUUGGUUAGAGAGCAGGGGGUGUUUGGGGAUGCUGCUGCCACUGGUGGUGGUGGUGCAGGAGGUGGUGGAGGAGGGGAGAGGGAGAGGGAGAGGGAGAGGAGGAAGGGCGAGAAGGGGAAGCCGAAGGGUACGCAGCGUCUUGAGUGGCGCGAGCGGUGGGUUGUGAUUAGGGACGGAACGAUUAACCUGUGUAAAUCCCGCGAGGACCCGGAACCGACACACUGUCUCCCGCUAGCGAACCUCACGUCCAUCCGCGAUGCGAGCCAUCUGGUUAAUACGCUCCCGCACCCGCAUCGUCUGCGCAGGGCGGAUGUGUCGCGCGAUCGUCGGGAGUAUCGCGAGCGCGAGCGGGAUAGGGAGAGAGAUUAUAGAGACCGCGAUAGAGAGAGAGACCGUGAUAGAGAGAGAGAUAGAGACAGGGAAAGGGAUAGAGAGAGAGACAGAGACAAAGAGCAGCGCACGCGCAGGAGCACAUCGUUGCCGCGCAGCAGCACUAGCACAGCUACGCCGCGCAAUCCACAACCGCACGCUCAUGCAGGUGGGAGUGGGAGUCGGACGCUGCUUGGCGAGUCCUCUGCGUCAUCGUCGCUUGGCGCGGGCGCGGGCGUGGGCGUGGGUGUGGGAGUAUCGCAGGCGCUCGUCCUGCGCGAUGCGUAUUCACGCACCCGAACACACGCAUCCUCCCACGCGUCGAGUCAUCUGCAAGUGCACCAUCAUCAUCAUCAUCAAAGCGCCGAAGACGCCGCGCGCAGAAGGGCAGAGGAGGAUCUGCGCAUGAUUGCGGAGCGAGAGCGGAGGAGGAGGGAGAGGGAGGAGGAGGCGCGGAGCGCGGAGUAUUUGCAUCAGUGGGAUCGGAUUAGUUUGUUUGGGAGUAAGAAGGAGAGGGAGAGGGAGAGGGAAAGAGAAAGAGAGAGGGAAAGAGAAAGAGAAAGAGAGAGGGAGAGAGAAAGAGAGAGGGAGAGGGAACGUGAGAGGGAAAGGGAAAGGGAACGCGAGAGGGAGAGGGAGAGGGGUAAAGGCAAAGCCAAGGAGAAGGAGAAGGAAAAAGAGAAAGAACGCCGCCGCCGCUCGAAAUCGCGCUCGCGCUCGCGCUCGCAUUCGCGCUCACGCUCGCAUUACCUGCACCACCCUUCCCACGCGCAUGGGCACCGAAGUGGACAGGGACAUGGAUAUGGGUAUGGGAGAGCGCGCUCGCAUUCGCCGCCGAGGUCGAAAUCGCAUAGUCGUGCGCAGGGGUCUGUGUCGCAUGUUGGUCUCGGCGGCGGUGGUGGAGGCGGCGGUGGUGGUGGGGAGGGGUAUAGUGGGAAAGGCAAGGAGCGCGAGCGGGAUUAUCGUGAGCGCGACAGGGAUUACCGCGACCGCGAUAGAGAAAAAGACAGAGAAAGGGACCGCGAAAAAGAAAGAGAAAGAGAAAAAGGAAAAUCUAAAGGAAAAGCGAAAUUCGACGAAAAGACGUAUAUCCCUACGACGCGCGAGGAGGCGGAGGCGGCGGGUAUGAAGAUUGUGUGUGCAAAGUUCCGGAGUGUGCGGAGUGCGGCUCCUCCUUCCUCCUCAUCCCAUCCCUCUUCAUCCUCGCAAUCCAACGCCAACGCCAACGCCAACGCCAACCCCCAAAGCAAACCCGCACAAAAACCAAAACCCAAAUACACACACACAGGCCCAACACUCGCCGGCCCACCUCCACCCCCGCCUCCCACACAGGCACAGGUACCGAUCCCGGUGCCGGUCCCGGCGGACUGGUAUAGUGUGGGGAGACCGGGGCAUCCGUCGCAUCCUGCGCAUCGGGAGCAUGCGCGGUGGGUUAGGGAGGGUGGUGGUGGUGGAAAUUAUAGAGGGGAGGGGAAAGACAAUGAUGUGAAGGAGGGCAAGGAGAAGGAGAAGGAGGGCAAGGGAGGGGGAGGGGGAGGGAGUGCGCCGAGGAAGAGCUCGUUACCGUCGCUUGCGCUCACGCUGGGCGGGGGGUUGGGGAAGGAUAAGAGCAGCUCGCAGAGUCUUGCUGCUGCUGCUGCUGCUGCUUCUGCUUCUGCUGCUGCCUCUACUUCGGGUGCUGGGACGGGGAAUAAUAAUCAGACGAUGACGGUUGGUAUGUAUACGCCUUAUCACCACCCACAGCAUCACCAAGUCCAAGUCCAAGGUCACGUCCAAGGUCAAGGCGGCCCGACUGCGACCACCACCACUACAAAUACAAAUACAAGUGCGAGUGCGAGUGUGAGCGCGAGUGCGAUAGCAGCUGCGAACGCCGCGGCAGCUGCACUCGUUGCUGGACCGAGAUUCGGAUUUGGGAGUUUGUUCGGUGGGGGGUCUGGUGGGCGCGAGAAGGAUCGCGAGCGGGAUCGUGAUAAGGGGAAGGGGAAAAAUAAAGAUAAAGACAAAGAGAGGGAGGAGAGCGAGACGGAUGAUGUGUAUGGGAUGAGCAGGAAGGAGAGGGAGAGGGAGCGGAAGGCGCGUGAGAAGCGCGAGAGGGAGAAAGAAAAGGAGAGGGAGAGGGAGAAAGAGAAGGAGAGCGAGAGCGCCGGUGGUGGAGGAGGAGGGCUGAGCUGGAAGUUGGGCAAGAAGAAGAGUGGGAAGAUCGGCGAGAAGGAGAGGGAGAAGGAAAAGGAGAAAGAGAGAAGUAAAACGUCGCUUGCGCUCUCGAGUAGUACCACGCUCGCUACGCUCGCUACACUCGCUGUGCCGUUGACUCCGCUGCACACUUCUGUGGAGAGCGGGUAUCCAACGACGACGACGCCGACGACGCCGAGGGAGUAUAGAGGUGGAGGGAUGGGGAUGCAUCAGCCGAGUUUGUUGUCGAUUAAUACGGUCGGGACGGCUGUGAGCGUGGGUAGUGGCAAGGCGGGUGGCAAGGCGGGUAGGCAGGCUUCGGCGUCGGCGUCGGCGGCUGUGGCGCGUACGGGUGCGAGAGAGUCUGUGUCUGCUUCGGAGGCUGAAGGAGACGACGAGCGCGCCGACGCGGAUGAUACAGACACCGGCGCUCAGGACGACAACGUCGGCGCCGCCCAAGCCCAAGCCCAAGCCCAGGACGAAAACGCAACAGACAACGACACCGCAGCAGACAACGACAACGAGAACGAGAACGACAACGCAGACGACAACGCAGAAGACAACGCAGAAGACCCAGGCUCAGACUCAGGCUCAGGCUCUGGAUCGCUCUCGUCGCCGAUCUUUGCACAUACGCCGGAUGAGUCUGAGAUUAGCGAUUUUGAGAUUGGGGGUGGGCGUGGACAUGGGUAUGGAGUGAGGAGGUGGGAGAGGGAGAGGGUUAGGGAGCGCGAGCGGGAGAGGGAACGUGAGAAGGACAAGGAGAAGGAAAAGGAAAAGGACAAGGAUAAAGAGAGAGAGAAGGAGAAGGAGAGAGAGAAGGAGAAGGAGAGAGAGAAGGAGAGAGAUAGACGCUUUGGCGGGCCCCAGACGAUUCCGAGUGCGGGGUGGCAUCAGGCGCAGGAGCGGAGGAGGAGGGAGGAGAGGGAGAGGGUGCGGUUGAGGGAGGAGGCGGAGCGCGAGGAGAGGGAGCGGGAGCGGUUGCAGAGAGAGGCGGUGGAGGCUGGUGUGGGUGUGGGUGGGAGGGCGCGUGAGGGUGAUAGGGAGAGGGAACGGGAGAGGGAGAGGGAGAGGGAGAAAGAAAGGGAACGCGAGAAGGAGAGGGAAAGAGAGAAGGAGAGAGAACGCAGGAGGAGAGAGGAUGAGCGCGGCGAGUGGAUUGUGCUUGAUAUGGGCAGCGACGUCGCAUUCAACAGCAUCCUCCGCGUGUUCCACCGGUACUUCUCCCACCCGCUCACAUCUGCAUUUGUCCCGCCUUCAAUGGCGCAGGCGGCAGCUGAGGCGCUCGAGAUGGAGUUUGAGCGCGAGCGUGAGCGCGAGCGCGAGGCUGAGGCUGAGCGGCAGCGGCAGCGCGAAGUCGAACGUCAACGCGAAGCUGAGCGUCAACGCCAACGUCAACGCGAAGCUGAGCUUGAAGCGGAGGUAGAACGGCAGGUCGAGGUGGAUAGGGAGAGGGAAAGAGAAAGAGAAAGGGAGAGGGAGCGCGCGAGCUUGGAUUCGCAGUUGAGUCCUACGACCAGCUCGUCUGUUGGUCAUGGUGCGUUUGCGUUUGCGUCUGGAGGGGAUGUUUCCUCUGACGCGGAGAGCAGUCUCCAUGGGCAUGGGAAGGAGAAGGCGCUGGAGAAAGAAAAGAGCAAGGAGAAGGAGAAGGGUAAAAGCAAACACAAAUCGAAAGGCAAAGGGAAAGGGAAAGAACAUGGGAAGGACAAGGACAAAGGCAGCUCGGCGCAGCCUACACCGCAAACGUCGGGCGAUAGGUUGAGGCAGGAUGCACAGUCGUACGAGCAUCACACUGCGUCCUCCUCCCAAUCCCAAUCCCAUGGCCAAUCGCAGUCUCAAUCGCAGUCUCAAUCGCAAUCACAGUCCUACCUCGACUCCCCGCUCUUAACAGCUUUCACCUCCUCGCGCCGACACACACUCUCAAGUUCAGGUGCAGGUGCCGGUGCAAGCAACGUGAGUUCAAGCACCGGCGGACCAGGUGCGGCGCCGGCGCUGCCGUACCCCGAAUGGCGCCAUGCGAUCAUCGCGCGCGCGCAGCGCGUUGGGCGGAGGGAUGAGGCGCGGGCGAUAGAUUAUGUGCUUGCUUCCGCUUCCUCCGCUUCCGCCUCUUCCUCGUCUUUCCCUGCUGCCUCCUCCUCUAACCCCGCCAAUGCUGCUGCUGCUGUGGCGGAAUGGACGAGGGAAAUCGACUGGGGCAUCUUAAUCGCACGCCAUAACCUCCGCGAAGAGCUCCGGAAGAGGGAGGAAGAGGAGGAGAGGGAGAAGUGGGAGCGCGAGGCGGUGCGGUGGGCUCGUGAGCGGGAGGAGGCGCUGAGGAGGAUUGCGGUUUUGAGAGGUGGUGCGGGUGCGGGUGGGGGGUGGUUGGAGGACGUGGAACUGAAAGAUGGUGAUGGGGAUGUGCAGGUUGAAGUUGAAGUUGAGGAGGGGAUGGUGUUUGCUAGCGGCGAUGAGGUGCGCUGGGGCGACGACGAUGACGACGAUGACGAUGUUGACGAGCAGGAGGAGAAAGCAGACGGGGUGUCGGUGUUAAGCGUAGGCGCAGGUAUGGGCAGCAAGGAGAGGGAGAGGGAUGAAGGACGGAGGAUGAGCCAGGUGUCGCAUGUCUCGACGCUGAAAGCGCUCGAGAUGAAUGCGGCUGCUGCUGCUGCUGCGUCGUCGUCGUCUGCGCGCUCGACGUAUUCGGGGGAUGUGGAUGUUGAUGUUGAUGUGGGUGUUGGUGGGGUGGUUGGUGUUGGGUCUAACGUCAACGAUAGCGCCAACGUCAACAAUCGCAAAGAUGAAGAGGACCAGGCAGAAGAAGAAGAGGGUGAGGAUGAGGAUGAGGCAAAAGAAGAAGAAGAUGAUGAUGAUGAUGUCGAUGUGGAUGGAGACCGCGACGAGCCGGAGAUAUGGGUCGACGCGCAGGGCGAGCAGACAGAGUCAGAGUCGGUCGUUGGGUACAGGGACGACGCGUACCAUCCGCCUAGUGUCGAUUCGCAUGGUGCUGCCUCGGGUGCUGCGCGGGUUGCGUUUGAUCUUGAGGCUCAUGUGAAGGCGAAAUCGAAAUCCAACUCCAAAUCCAACUCGGACGACGUCGAAGGCGAUGGCAACGACAGCGAUAAAUCCAACUCCAACUCAAACGCGGACUCCAGCUCGAACUCGAACUCGGAUUCAUCAAAAGACGGCGCGCCGCUAGGCAUGGAGAGUAUGAUGGACGACAGCGAGGAGGAGAGCGAGAUUGAGUGGGUUGCGUGGGUUACGGAUUUGCCGAGGCAGGAUGCGGUGGCGAGGCGGAGGAGGGAGGGGAAGAGGCGGGAGAGGGAGAGGGAGAGGGAGAAGGAGCGCGAGAAGGAGCGUGAGAGGGAGAGGGAAAAGGAGAGGGAGAGGGAGAAGGGUGCGAGUAUGGCGCAUGGCAUGUUCUCCAACCCCUUCGCAGCCACAUCAUCCGACCACACCCAAGCACAAUCCAAAUCCAAAUCCAAAUCCAAAUCCCAAGACACGAAAGACGCGAAAGAACCAACAACAUCGACAUCGACAUCGACGUCCUUCGUCCCGCCCACUUCACCAGAGGACGAGCGUGCGUUCUAUGCUGAUGCGAGGAGAAGACUCGAGCCGCGUGCGAUUGGGCGCGCGAACCCGCCUCCUUAUUCCUCCUCCUCCUUUGCGUACUACUCGUCCGGGGGUGCGGGCGCGGGCGCGGAGCAGGGACUGUUCGACCCGCUCCAGCCGUAUAUCAACCAGUCGGCGCAGCAGCAGGCGGCGUAUCAGCAGUACCUUGCCGCGCAGCAGGCUUCGUCCGCUCAGGGACAAGGACAGGGACAGGGAGCAAGUGGUGGGUAUAGCAAUUAUAAUUAUAAUAAUGUGCCGACGCAGGUGAGAGUUGAGGAGAGGGUUGUGCGGAGCAGAUGUGUGGAUGUGGGUGUUGGGUUGAUGGUUGCUGCUGUUGGUGGUGGUGGUGGUGGGGAUGGGGAUGAAGAGGAGGCAGAGGAUGGGGAUGGGGUUGGAGAGGUGGGUAAAGGAGGUGCAGCUGAGGAGGUGGAGGGCGAGGAUGAGUAUGGUGGGUUGGAGUAUGUUGAUGAGCCGGAGCCGCAGGAGAGUGUGGUGAGUCUGAAUCGGACGUUGAGUUCGCCUAGCUCGAACGAGUCGUUGGGGUAUCCGUUACCUGCGUCGUCUUUAAUGCAACUCUCAUCGCCAAUCAGAAGCACAUUCACAUUCUCCUCCACCACCACCGGUACCACCGCUAACAACAACAAUAACACCAACACCGCAUAUUCCAACGCAGACGAACCCGAACUCGACUUUGACCCGCUCAUGCUAAGUAGAGAUAGGCGAUACCGUCAGCUGCAGAUGCAGCGCUAUCCCGCUCCCGCUCCUGCGCCUGUUCCUUCCCCUGUUCAUGGGUCUGGGUCGACGGCGGGGUCGGGGUCUAACUCGAAUGCGGGCUCGACGCCGAAUUCGAAUGCAGGGUCGGCUGUUAAUUCGCCUGUGGGACUUUCGCGGGCGGCGUCCAAGACGCGUGGGCACGGUGCUGGUCACGGGCAUGGAUUUGGGCACGGACUGGGAUUUGCGGGGAAGAGCCAGCAGCAGCAGUACCAGCAGCAGCAUCAUAGUCGAACGCAUUCGCGCUCUGUGUCGGGGAUGGAGGCGUUUAUGCCUGUGCAUGGUUCUGGUGGCGGUGCUGGAAAUUUAGGUGCGCAAGGGCAAGGCAGGGCGGGCGCGGGUGCGGGUGUGGGUGAGCCGCGGUUGUAUCAUUCCGCGUCGAUGCCUUUGAAUCAGGGCGGUUCGGGUGCGGGUGUGGGUGCGGGUGUGGGUGUGGGUGUGAUUUCGGGUGUGAUUUCGGCGUCGCCGCCGCGGUCGAACAAUUCCACGUCUUCGACUUUGGCGUCGGUAACGGCAACGAGUGGACAAGACAGAACGCCCGCUAUGCGUAUCCCUAUCCCUAUCCCGAACCCUAUUCCCUCACCAAUCGCCAUACCCAAACGUCAAACCCAGACAUACAAUCAAAACGAAAUGGGAAUAGGAGUGGAUAAACCGAUUUUAUCGCCGAAGCAGAUAAGCGAGAUUGAGGAGGCUGUUGAGCGCGAGGCGCAGGAGAGGGAGAGGGAGGCGAAGGAGAGGGAGAGGGAGAAGGCGAAUGUGGGUUUGGGUUUGGAUUGGAGUCAGGGUGUAGGGAUGGGGAUGCCGCCGCGAUCGCCUAGACGCGCGAGCUCUGCUGGGAUGAGUGCGGGUGUUGGUGCGGGAUCGCCGCCGCGCGCUGGUGCUGUUGGACUUGGUACAGGUGUGGGGUCGCUGGGUAGAUCCGCUAGUGUGCUUGGUUCGAGUGUUGGUGCCCAUAGUGGUGCCCAUAGUGGUGCGAGUGGAAGUGCGAGUGGAAGGAACGUGUUGAGGAAGAAGACGAGCGAUGUUGUGCUUGCGCAGCGGGAUGGUGCUUCUUCAGCUGUAAGCGCGAGCGCAAGUGCAAUGGCAUCUACGACAACUACAACUACUACCACCAUCACAGCGAGCUCUGGAUCAGGGUCAGGAUCGGGUUUGGGCGCAGGGUCAGGAUCAGGAUCAGGGAGACAACAAAGACCUAAACUGUCACUACCGCUCCCUUCUGCGUUGGCUGCUAUGGCUUCUGCUUCGUCGGGCGCAGCUAUGGGUAUGGGUGGGGGUGGGGGGUCGUAUAGCGCUUAUCCGAGCUCCAGCAUGGGUAUGGGUAUGGGUGCGAGCUCGAGUUCGUAUGAUAUCCAUUCGCCUACGAGCACGACGAAUGCGAACGCUUCGCAUGCUUUCCAUGCAUCUGCGUCGGGUGUUGGUGUUGGUGCUGGUGUUGGUGUUGGGUCUGGUGCUGGUGUCGGGUCUGGAUCUGGAUCUGGAUCUGGAUCUGGAUCUGCUAGUGCCGGUGGUGGUAAUACAUUGAAUGCGAACACAGCUACGGCUACGGCUACGCAAGGAGGAGGAGGAAGUGGCGGAGGCGGUGGUGGUAGUGGGAUGAGAAAUUCGAUUUUGAGAAGGAUGAGGUCGGGGUCUAGUUUGCGGAGGCAGUUGCGCGGCACAGGAGGGGGAGGGACAGGAGGGGGUAAUGAAGAGGAAGUUGUGCCUGUGCCGCUUUCGCCUACUUUUGCUGGUUCUGCUUUUGGUGAGGGGAGGGAGGGGAGGGAGAGGGAGGGGAAGAAGGGGGUUUGGAAGCGGUAG